CUGGUUUCUUCUUCUCUCGUAAUGGUUUUCUUCUCGCCACACUUGGACACCUAGAAGCUCAGAUCCUGUCCACGUCGUCUUAAUUCUACUGCCACUUCCACUGGAAAUUCUUCUACGGCCGAUCACACAGCUCUUGUAAGAAGCACUAGUUCUGGUUUACCCCCGUGGUAGCUCCUUCCUUCGCGAUAAGACUCAAGUGGCUGUUGCUCUUGCCGCGCCACAGUCAGCCUCUGCACCUGACCAGGAAAGAACAUCACUUUUGUCACUUCAUCCCUUGAUCUUUGAUUGUUGUGUCAACAUCACACUUCUACUGCGCCCACCUCUGUGAUACCGUUAUAUCCAGGCACAUACAACAGGCUAUGGGUCAGAGAAACACGCUCUGCAUUCGAGUGCAAUGACCGGCAAUGGAGCCAAGAACUGGCCAAAUCUGGGUCGUGGCACUCUCACCAGAAGUCGUCCGACCUUUCUCACGCGGACCGCCACUGACGAGGCUGCUCAGCUUCUAAGACGAUCUUCCUUUCCUGCAAAUUAUUCUAUAGACGACCCGCAGUCCUAUGCCGCGGCAGACGACCAUGGGCAAGCCACUUCUCGUCCCACCACCGCAAGAUCAGCGAAUUCGAGCGCUAUCAAGCAUUCCCCGGACCAUGCCUCCGACUCUGCUGCCUACGGCACGUUUGACAAUCCCGGGACUGGAGAUAGAAUCAACGAUUCAUCCACAUUACGUGCCGACUUCAUGCAUACUCCAGAAGAUGCUCUGAAACCUCCGCCAGGUAUCUCGGACAAAGGGGAGAAGAUACAGAUGCCCAGGGUCGGUGCUUUCCCACGCCCCGUCGGCGGAACUGACAAGCUCAACACAUUCUCGGGGGUCUUUGUACCCGUCAGUCUCAAUGUCCUCAGUAUUCUCAUGUUCAUCCGCUUCGGUUUCAUUCUUGGCCAGAGCGGAGUGAUUGCUAUGUUGGCUAUGUUGGCCGCAGCAUACACCAUCAAUCUGAUCACGACCAUGUCUAUUUCUGCAAUCGCUUCAAACGGCACAGUGAGAGGCGGAGGCGCAUAUUAUCUGAUCUCUCGUUCCUUGGGCCCAGAGUUUGGCGGUGCCAUCGGAAUUGUUUCUUACUUGGGCUUCGUCUUCAACACGGGCAUGAACGCCGUCGGCCUGAUUGAUUGCUUGAACUACAACUUUGGCGCUGAAUCAGGGAACUGGGCCAACAAACUUCCCGAGGGCCAGUGGUGGCAAUAUCUCUGGAGCACUACUGUUGUCGUAGCCUGCGUCUCCGUCUGUCUUGCCGGAAGCGCCAUCUUUGCCCGCGCGAGUAACGCCCUCCUCUUCGUCCUCCUUGUCUCCACUUUCAGCGUCCCUCUUUCGGCCCUCGUCCAAAAGCCGUUUGAAACUUCAAAGCAAUUCACUCAAUUCACAGGCUUGAGCCUCGACACAUUGCGGGGAAACCUUCUUCCCCAUUUCACCAAGGGAGCAGCAGGCAGUCAAGUCUCGGGCCGUGAAACCUAUCAGGAUCUUUUCGGUAUUUUGUUUCCCGCUACUGGAGGUAUCCUGGCUGGUGCGAGUAUGUCGGGAGAUUUGAAGAAUCCGAGUACUGCGAUCCCGCGUGGGACCUUGGGUGGCCUAGGGCUAACGUUCCUCUCUUACUCCUUGGUCAUACUGGCUCUGGGGUCUAGUAUCACCCGAGAAUCUUUCUACAGAAACGUCAACGUCGUGCAAGACACCAACAUAUCUGGAGUCUUGAUCCUGGCGGGCGAGAUCUCAACUACCUUCUUCUCAGUUCUCAUGGGUAUCAUUGGGCCUGCCAAACAACUUCAGGCCAUCGCUAGAGACAGCAUACUACCGGGACUCUCCAUUUUUGGGCAGGGAACUAAAAACUCUGACGACCCUGUAUAUGCCAUUUUGUUUACAUUUUUCGUCACUCAGGUCACCUUGUUCUUGGACAUCAAUCGGAUCGCCUCCCUUAUCACCAUGACAUACCUUAUGACCUUUUUUGCACUUAAUGUGGCCACCUUCUUGCUCAAGAUUGGCUCCGCUCCCAAUUUUAGACCAUCUUUUCACUACUUUAAUUGGUGGACUGCCGCGCUGGGAGCGGUAUUGAGUGCUGGGAGCAUGUUCUUCGUCGACGGACUCUCUGCCUCAGGUUCAGUCUGCAUUCUGCUCGUCCUGAUCAUCCUAAUCCAUUACACGACUCAACCCAAACCGUGGGGGUCCAUUUCAGAAGUUCUCAUCUAUCAUCAAGUCCGGAAAUAUCUCCUGAGACUGAAGGGGGAACAUGUCAAAUUCUGGCGACCCCAAAUCCUACUCUUUGUCAAUGACCCUAGGCGAGGAUACAAGCUGAUCCAAUUCUGCAAUUCUCUGAAGAAAGGCGCCUUGUUUAUCAUUGGCCAUGUUCUUGUCACCCAGAACUUUGGGGCUUCUGUGCCAGAAGCGCGGCGUCAGCAGGCUGCCUGGAACAAGUACAUUGACUUCUCAAAGAUAAAGGCAUUUGUCAACGUUGCUAUAUCACCAUCCAUAGAAUGGGGCGCUAGGAACAUCUUCCUGUCUGCUGGCUUGGGAAGUAUGCGUCCAAAUAUUGUCAUCUUUGGAUUCUACAAUAUUCAACAAUUCCGGUCCGAGCAACCGCUGGUGGAUGUCCCAAGUCCUCCCCCUGAACGCAAGCAUGGAAAUUUGAAGCGUCGGCGAACAAGCAGAAGCCAACUCAGAGGCGAAUUACCCACAGACACCUGCUACAUUGAAAAACGUACCGAUAUCCAGAGCUACGUUAUGGUACUCGAAGAUAUGAUACUAAAACUGCAGACCAAUGUCGCAAUUGCGGCUGGCUUCAGUGAUCUUGAGCUUCCCAAUGCCAAGGAAGGCAAUACCAAAAAGUUCAUCGACCUGUGGCCUAUCCAGAUGUCUGCUGAACUUGCAGCUGAAUCUGAUGGUGAAGCGCGGAAUCUGCACACCACCAACUUUGAUACCUACACAUUGAUCCUCCAAUUGGGCUGUAUUCUCAAUACAGUAAAUUCUUGGAAAAAGUCAUACAAGCUCCGCGUGGCCGUCUUUGUCGAGUACGAGUCUGACGUUGAGGAAGAGAGAACCCGUGUCACUUCGCUAUUGCAGAACCUCCGCAUAGAGGCUACAGUGAUGGUUUUCUGGCUGGCGUGUGGAGACAUCAAAGCUUACAACUUGAUUGUGAACGGACGAGACGUUGACGAUGAGUCCCAAGAUCAGUGUAACAAGGUUUUGGAGGACGAGCUAUGGUGGCGGGAGCUCCAAAUUGUUCGCGGAAAAAUCAGAGAUUCUGGAGACGUUGGUUCGGCCGACGCGAUCUCAGCCAUGGAAGACGUUGCCUGGCCCAGCUCGUUUUCUAGCAGAAGGGAGAAUUCGGCAAUGCGUUGGCAUGGACUUCGAAGAAUCUUGACCCAUCCGAAGAAGAGAUCGUCCUUUGGUAACCUGUCGAGUCUUGGAAUCAGCCUUACUAUGCGUACCUCACGCUUGGACGAUGAUAUGUUAAGUCGACAUGCAUCCCAUCCAAGUGACUCGGAAAGGACAGAUACGGAAGACGAAUCUGAAGGAGACUAUAAUUUGUCGGAUGACGAAGGGGAGACAUUGUCAUCUGGACUCAAGUCUCCUCACCGAACCAAGUCCUCGUCCAAGAAGAGUAGUCGACAAAGCUCAAGACGAUCUCUCCGUAAACUGAAGCAGGCUUCCUUGGAAAAUAGUCGCGCUGACCUAAGGGAAUCAGAGGAUGCAAUUGUGUUUGAUGAAGACAUCUUGGACGAAGCACGCCACCAACAAUCGAGAGGAAGGAGCCUGAAUGGAGAAGGUAGUUCAUCUCUGUCAUCCAAGGAUCGCUCACCCAACGACAGCAUCAGCGUUCUUGGAUCGACUAAGCUUACCGCGACGCCCCCGAACUUUACCUCGUCCCCUGUUCCACCCACAGACAUGGUUGGGGAAGAAGGUGCUGGUCCAUCUAUUAUGUUUGUCGACGAGCCACAUCCCAAAAGACAAGGAGUAGAAGAAACUCCCGCGGAACCUGGUCGAUCCAUUUACCAGAGGAAGGCGGACGAGAACAACGGCAGCGCGAGUACGUCCAAACCAGCCUCGGGCUUUCCUAGUGCUGCAGCCGUUCAGUUGUCGUUCAAUGACCUGCCCAGCCGAGCGCAGCAUCUCAUCCUCAAUGAAUUGAUAUCGCAGAACAGCGACGACACGGCGGUGAUAUUUACGACGUUGCCGGCGCCAAAUGAAGGUACAUACCGUAGCGAGGCGGACAGUCUGAGCUACGUCAGUGAUUUGGAAGUGCUUGUUGGAGGCCUCCCCCCGACGCUGCUAGUACAUAGCAACAGCAUGACUGUGACGACAAAUUUGUGAAUAUAUUGGAGAGGUUUAAUUGAGCGUAUAGCGGGAAAUAGCGAGGAGUUUGAUGGCAGAGAGUUUGAGAGUUGAAACUGGUGUUACAUAAAGUACGGAAACUGGCGACAUGAAAAAUAUAGAUGACCUGUAUAGACGAGGAGCUGGACUUGGGUAGAUUUAUAAUGGAAUUCAAUAAGAUGA